AUGUCUGAAGACGACAUUGCUUACACUGCUCUCCUCCGCCAGCUACUAUCUGACAACUCAACCACACGCAAUGCCCGUGUGCACUCUUGGAUAGAGCACCAGUAUGAUUUUGCCCUCUCAGAGUCAGACACCCGAGUCAACGAAGAUGAUCUCGGCUGUUCCCGGGCUCCUUCACCUUCGCCGUCCUCCUCAUUGGGAGCACACCGUACAUUCUGUUCUGACAGACCCGACUCUCCCCUCCUACCGCGGUCAUCGGUAGAAUGUUCUUCAGGACCAGAGUCUUGUCCAUCUUAUGAUGCUCUAUUUUUCCCCGUCUCUCCUUCUCAGACUUUUGCUGAGGAUGAGGUGAGGGAAGAGCGCGAACGCGAGCGCGCACUUCGUUUCCUCGUGCAGGAAAUGUCACACUGGAAAAUGAAGUCCAGUCCUACUACUCCGUACAAGAACAUGGACAAGCCUUUGCCGUCUCCUCCGCCACCCUCGCCGGCGACAUCCACGACGCAGUCCACUUCGUCGCGUGUCAUGCGUUCACGUUCCUCAUCGAUGCGCAUUUCACGGCUGCCUUCUUUCACAAGCACGUUGUCGUCUGAUCAGAGCCAACCACAAGAUAUAUUUACACCGCCAUUGCCUGUCUCCGUAAUUGUGCACGGAGACACUCAACACGAACUUAUUUCAGACCUUAAGCGUCCCGAUCCGAUUUUCCUCCGACGCAUGGAAUCAUUCAACAUGAAAGUUCAGGAUGAACAGGAACUUUCUCUGCUGUCACCGAUUCAUGAUGAUCGUGAUUCAGCAUACCCGUCCCCUACGCUCUCCAAUUUUUCGUACGCCCCAUCUCGCGAAACUGCCCUUACCAGUCCCUGUGUCAGUUUUCCUGCGUCCCCUGCGAGUGCGACCUUCGCUCCUUGCUCACCGGAAAAUAUUGCACUGCCAGCAUCCCCUCAUACUGAACGCUUCCCGGAGCCUCAUUCCGACGAUCGCGGUGAUGAUUCAUUUCCGAUGUCUCCAUCCGACACGGCGCUUCCCGUUUCACCAUCGACAACUGCGUUUUCAGCGUCUCCUUCGUCAACUGCAUUCCCCGUAUCACCGAGUACCACUAUAUUUGCCGCUUCUGCACCUGAACUUGCUUUCUCUACGUCACCUUCUUUGACAGUGUAUCGCGCCACCCCUUCGGACUCGAAGGAUUGUGUAAAUGAUAAUACCGCACAAUCUCAGCAUUUACGCUCGCCCACUAAUAGCUCGGGAGAUCUUCAAAGCAGAUGGGACAUUCCUCAGGUCCAGAACUCCCUCGAGGGGCAAGAAGGACAAAGAGGUAUCAAAAGAGGUGAAAACCCCGCGCAAAACGCACCCGUCUUAUCAGUUUUCAUCUCGAAACUCUCCCCAGGCCGUUCAGAUAGCAAUGUCACAGCUUCGACCGACUAUGACUAUGAGUCGGAUACAGACGAGAGAGUCGUCAAACCCGCAAAGACAAUUGGAAAGAAAUCAUCCCUAGCCAGUCUGCGGGCAUCAUUCUCUUUAUCACGUGCAUCUUUUGCAUCUCAACGUCCACUAGUGUCGUCCUUGGCGGAGGUGCCUCCGCUCCCUGUGUCCCCUUCGCGUACGUCAUUCGGUGCAUCACGUGUGUCUUUCGCAGCCGACGGUGCGAUGGGCAAUGGGGAGUCGGUGCCACCGGUACCGACCAUCUCGUUAUCGAGAAUCCCUUCCCGCGCCACCGUGCUCGACGACACAUUGCCGCCUAUUCCCCAAUCUGCUUCAACUAUUACAUCAUUCCGGAGUGCGUCUCUGGUUUCUCUGCAGGCUUUUACCCCUCCUUCGGCUUCGGCAUCACAGCUGUCCUUGCUUCCGUCGCCCAUCGCAAGUCAUAGUACAUCAAGGUUGUCUUUACUAUUGGCAUCUGGAUCUUCCAGGAAUUCGGUUGUGUCAUCUGCCGCAUUAGACGCGCCCAUCUCUAUUCAUCCCAUGCCAAGUUCGGCGCCCAGUAGGGCCAAGUCGAUCUUCAAGCUAUCUUCGCGACCAAAAACACCCAAGGUUCGGGCCGUGCCAACUCCUUCAAAACUUCCUCUUCCCCGGACAGUAGUUGUCUCCUCUUCCAGUAUCCCAAAUGGGGCAAGCCCAAUUGCGUCGAAGAUCCCACCACCGCCAACAAAAUUCACCCCCCCAUCAAAAUUAGCAUCAAUGCUCGCUUCGCAGUCUUCAUCAUCGCGGCUUCCUCAUCCGACAUCUUUUAACGCGCCACCAAUAUCCAUGCUUCCACCUCCGCCGUCGAAGAUCGCUCCACCGCCAAAAAUUAUUGUGCCGACUCCUCGGACACCAUACCUCGGACAAGCGAGCCCUUCGACUAUGGAACCGAAGUCACCUAUGUCAAUUGACGAGCCAACUGCACUGGUUUCGAGGCUUCCAUUGCCUUCGGCAAUGAAGGCGUCUCGCACUAACACCGUGAGGGGCUUUUGGCGCAGGGCACAAUAG